AUGACCAUAGAACAAAACACCAGGCGAGAAAGAGAUCUCAUUCAUCCGAAUACAAUUUGGAUUCACAGUCAUGCAGCAAAGUUUGAGCCGAAAAAGAACUUGGUUAGAUUGAGGAAUGGUGAUGAGAUCACGUAUGAUUAUAUGGUUCUGGCCACCGGUCUGCAGCUACGAUGGGACAUGGUCAAAGGCCUUCCGGAGGCUCUCGAAACUCCUGGUGUCACUUCCAACUACUCUCCAUUUCAUUGCACGAAAACCUUCAAGGAGCUCAGCACUGUCACGUCUGGCAACUGUAUAUUUACCUUCCCAAACACACCAAUCAAAUGCGCUGGAGCUCCACAGAAAGUGUGUUACUAUGGUGAGGACAUUGUAAGCAGACGUGGUUACCGUGACAAGACGCAUUUCAUCUACGCUACCUCUUUAGCAAGGCUUUUUGGAAUAGAAGCAUAUUUGAAGUCGCUGAAUGCAGUUGCCAAAGCGAAGAACAUCGAUGUGCGAACGAGACAUAAUUUGAUUGAAGUAGAUACUGAGAACAAAAUUGCCAAGUUCGAGUUACUUGACGAGAACUGCGUACCAAAUGGAAAAGUCUCGGAAAUACCGUAUUCAUUGCUCCACAUUGCACCACCGUGCUCCACUCCGCAGGCGGUACGAGAAUGUCGAGAGUUGACCGAUGAAAAAGGCUGGGUUGAUGUGGAUCCUCUGACAUUACGUUCAAAACAUUUUGCAAACGUAUUCGCCGCGGGAGAUUGCAUGAAUACGGGCAAUGCUAAAACGGCCGCUGCAGUAUCGAGCCAUCUGAAAACGCUUGAGAAGAAUCUCACAGCUGCUCUAGAAGGGAGAGAACCUCUAGCACAUUACGACGGCUAUGCUUCUUGCCCGUUGGUUAUCAGUAGAAGUAAAGCCAUCCUCGCCGAGUUCAGUGCAGACGGACAGCGAAUGGAGACGUCACCUCUUGAUCAAAGCGUACCCAGGCGGCUUGCAUGGUACAUGAAGCGCUACUUGAUGCCGUUCCUCUAUUGGCGAUUUCUUGUCAAGGGACGAUGGAAUGGACCAGCUACAGUUCGGAAAAUACUGCAUCUGGGAUUUGUUCCAAAGGCGAAGUAG